AUGGUAGGUAUUCUUCUUGAAUUUGUGAUGGAACGAUCAUUGAAAAAGACCAUCAACACAUUUGAUCGGUUAACUAAUCUUCCAGACAACAUAAUUCAUGACAUCCUAUCGUUGCUUCGUAUCAGUGACAUUGCAUGUGUCAGCACAUUGUCAAGGAGGUUGAGACAGCUUUGCUUUUCUGUGCCAUCCUCGAAUAUAUCCGUAGACCGAUUCUUGAAAACACCUAUUGAGCAACAAAAAUAUAACAAUUUUACUGCAUAUAUUGAGAGAUUCUGGCAGCUACGCAGCAACAACCGGGAAUACUUACAUUGCCUUCGCAUUGCUAACCUUCACCGUGACCUAAACCACGACAUGGAUUUUCGUAUAGUGACAUGGAUAUAUAAUGCGACCAUGUGUCAUGUUCAAGAGCUCGACCUUGAUAUUGUCGUCUACAAUACAUGUUGUUUGCCUUUUUUCACCUUGAACUGCACAUCACUGUGGGUUUUAAAAUUGGGCUUGCACAGUUUUCCUCUCAAGUUGCCAAACGCAGAGUUCAACUCGCUGCAGGACUUGUCGUUGAAGUCAUUCAGAAUCGUUGAUCCAUUGCUCGGAGAAUGA